CUCCACCACUUUCUGGGAAGUGUUUCACUUAAUAAUAGUGCUGGGGAAGAAGUUUCCUUUGACCAAAAUGGGAAAUUAGUAGCUGGAUUGGAUGUAAUAAAUUGGGUCACAUUCCCAAAUCAGUCAUUUCUGAGAGUCAAAGUUGGAACAAUGGACCCACAAGCUCCCCCAGAAAAGAGGUUAACCGUUCAUGAUGAUGGUAUCAUGUGGCCCAGCUGGUUCAACCAGGUAAGAAUUUAUUCAAGGUUUUCAUUAGUUUUUUGCUCAGUGUCCCAAAACUGCCUCAUUGCAACACAUUGAAUCAUCAAUUAUCAGAAGUGGACUUAAUCUGUGAAGGAAAUAUCAGGCUGUAGCACUGAUAAAAGGAAAGCUAUCUUGUUUCUAUGUCUAUUUGCAGAAGUGUCUCAGCUAUAAAGAAAGUGUUACUAGUCAAUGAAAUUUGAGGAAGCCCAGUAUGUCUUUUAAUUAAUAUAAACAUUAUUAUUGUUCCAUCCUUCAUUCUCAGGAUUGUGAACAGGCCCCCAAACCAUUCUGGGGCUGGGCCAGGGAAUACCUGGGGCAAAAUCAACCUCUUUCAGACAUAAUGGUCAAAAGCAGAAAGAUUUAAUCUUUCUAGGAACCCACUGUGAAGAAGACCCCGCAGCCUGCAGGACUGGACCACUACUCAGAAGCUGGUGAAUGGAGAUUUCAAUCCAGCUCCAUUUGACUGCACUCAUGUGUCCACCAGCUUGGAACAAGCACACAUACACAGUGCAGUGUGGGGCUAUUUGAAAGCUCUGUUGCAAAAAGCUGUGUGCUGCUCUUUGCAGAAACUGCCUGCCUUUCCUUCAGAAUCAGCCCAAUUCAUCUUGGGAUUUGGCCAAAUCUGUUCCACAGCCCUAAUUUGUACCCCACAAUUACUCCACGCACAGUCAAUCCAUUAUUUAAACUUUCUCAUUGGAUUGCAGCAUUAUGGUAAAGAUACAAAACACAUUCCUUUACAUUGGCUUCAGAGUUAAAUGAUUAACAGUGAAUGUUCACAGAAACCCCAGGUACAAACCAAUGAUAUUUAGCACCUGGCUCUGCAAAAGAAAAUUGUAAGACACAUGCAAGUGAUGAAGAAGGUAACUCUGCAAGCAAAUAUUUUCUAAUUUGAUAAGAUAUUGCCAUGCUAAUCUCUGAAGAAGUUCAAAUACUUACCAAUAUGGUUUUCAUAAAGGCAAAGGUACUGGAGUAAUGGUAGAAGUUCCAAUGCUACAAUUAGAGCAGGAUUUAAGAUCAUCUUUAGAUAAAACAAAAAAUCCAAAGCAAUCUAUUACUUAACUCUCAUGUUUACUAUUAGAAGAUAGGUCAGUCAGAUGCAAACGCCCAAACGAUUUCCUUCUUUCAUUUAUGAACAGGCACAACCCACUUCUCUGUGUAAUGAGAAUUGUCAUGUAGGUUAUAGAAAGAACAAGAAGGAAGGAAAGCCAUUCUGCUGCUAUGAUUGCCUUCCGUGUCCAGAAGGGAAGAUCUCAAACAAGGAGG